UGAUUCUACACAUGCCUAUGGAAUGAGCGCAAGGCUUAAGGAUUUUGAUCAAUUUCAAAGUAAAGAUUUUACAAUUAACAAAAAAUCAGAAUUGCAAAUGUAUUUGGAGGUGUCAAGGGUUGACAGAAGCUGUGAACUUGAUGUGUUGGAUUUUUGGAAAGCCAAUGAGUUUAGAUAUCCCGCGCUUGCGAGAAUGGCAAGAGACUUUUUGACCAUUCUGGUAUCUACUGUCGCAUCGGAGUCUACAUUCAGUGCAAGUGGAAGAGUCCUUAAUGAACAUCGAAGUUCACUUAGCAAAGAUACCGUUGAGGCUCUCAUAUGCACAAAAGAUUGGUUAUUUGGAGAUUAUUGUUCGAACCAAGUUAGUGUAGAUGAGCUCACAGAAGAUAUAAUGUCGCUUGACAUUAGCCGUGAAUCAGAUGCUUCAAAUCCCAUUAACAAUCCUAAGGUAUCCACUCCAAAUGCUUCAAGUAGUGUUGCUUGUUAAAAAUCAGAGAACAUCUCAAGGUUUGAUUGUUUGGAAUUGAAGAUCUUGAGAAAGAAAAGCAUAUGGGAACUUGAAUGUUGAAACUAUUUGGAUGUUAUGAUUAGACUUUUAUGGAUUUCGUUUUAAGUUUGUUAAAACAUUAUGUGUUUAUGCAUUUUUAUGACUUUUGUGAA